AUGAUCGCUGCCUAUGCUGACACCGAUUUACCCCACGGGGACUCGCCCGAGCUGACGCUGGUCCAAGCGACUCCAACGGAACGUGUCGAAUCUAUCAAGCUGAACAGCACGGAGUGGAAGGGACCGUUGGAUCUCGAUUCGUAUCUCGCGCGAGAGGACACGCUGCUCCAACAGCGACUAACCAAGGAAGCCUUGAUAUGUUGGAUUCUGGUCGACCGUCGAGCUCCUGAAAAUGCGAGAACAAUCCUCAGUUCCUGCGAGACGUACAAGAAGACGGCAGUUGUGGCUCAAGACGGAAAUGUAGAAGAGGCCUCGGUUCAAGGUGUCGGGAGUGUCUAUUGUCGGCCAGAGUUUCGUGGUAAAGGAUACGCAAAGCGAAUGUUGGAGGAACUGAGCAAGAAGAUGGAUGCGUGGCAGCUGGAGGGCGAACAAAGUGAGCGGCCGCUGUUCAGUAUUCUGUUUUCCGAUAUUGGGAAGAGGUUCUAUGCGCAAUUCGGCUGGAAACCACAUCCAUCCUCACACUUUGCGCUUCCCCCUCUUUCCAAAGAAGAAUACUCUACUUUGAGCACAACGGCUGCGGUAAAAGUCUUGCGCGCCGAUGAUGUUCAACGCUGCAUGUGCAGCAUUGGCAUUCUCGAAAAAGAGCGCGAGCUGUUGCGUGGCGUCUCGCUGCAGUCUUCCGGUCCCAAAGUAGCAAUUGUUCCAGAUUUCGAUCAUUACCAGUGGCACUGGGCGAGGGAGGAGUUUUACUGUCAGAGGCUCUACCCCGAUAGGGGAAUCCCUGCGGCAAAGGGUGCCGGCAAUGACGCUGUGAAAGUGUAUUGUGCCUGGAAUAGGACUUUUGGCAAUACUCCAGAAGAGAAUACAUUGUACAUUCUCAGAUGGGUAUAUGACGAGCCCGCCUCCCAAGAGGAGACCGAGACAACGAUCAAGGCAAUGGCCGCAAUUCUCAGGCGUGCGCAAUUGGAGGCCCACGAGUGGAAUAUGGCCCACGUUACAUUUUGGAAUCCGACGCCACUCCUGCACAGAGCUGUAGCACUGUUGGACCCGGCUGUCGAAAUAGUACACCGCGAAAAAGACAGUAUUGCGGCUCUUCGGUGGAGCGGCAACCCUGAAGAGAACGUGGAAUGGCUCCUGAACGAGAAGUACGCAUGGUGUUAA